CGGCUCCGCAGCUCACGACCGCCCGCCCGCCGGCCCGCCCGGCGCCGGGCAAUGGCGCUGCUGCGGGACGUGUCGCUGCAGGAUCCGCGGGACCGCUUCGAGCUGCUGCAGCGCGUGGGGGCCGGGACCUAUGGCGACGUCUACAAGGCCCGAGACACGGUCACGUCCGAACUGGCCGCGGUCAAGAUAGUCAAGCUAGACCCAGGGGACGACAUCAGCUCCCUCCAGCAGGAAAUCACCAUCCUACGUGAGUGCCGUCACCCCAAUGUGGUGGCCUACAUUGGCAGCUACCUCAGGAAUGACCGCUUGUGGAUCUGCAUGGAGUUCUGCGGAGGGGGGUCCUUGCAGGAGAUAUACCACGCCACCGGGCCCCUGGAGGAACGGCAGAUUGCCUAUGUGUGCCGGGAGGCGCUGAAGGGGCUACACCACUUACACUCUCAGGGGAAGAUCCACAGAGACAUCAAGGGAGCCAAUCUUCUCCUCACCCUCCAGGGAGAUGUCAAGCUGGCCGACUUUGGGGUGGCAGGCGAGCUGACGGCGUCUGUGGCUAAGAGGAGAUCUUUCAUUGGGACUCCUUACUGGAUGGCCCCAGAGGUGGCCGCCGUGGAACGCAAAGGAGGCUACAACGAGCUCUGUGACGUCUGGGCCCUGGGCAUCACCGCCAUUGAGCUGGGCGAGCUGCAGCCCCCUCUCUUCCAUCUGCACCCCAUGAGGGCCUUGAUGCUCAUGUCGAAGAGUAGCUUCCAGCCGCCCCGGCUGAGAGACAAGACUCACUGGACCCAGAAUUUCCACCACUUCCUCAAGCUAGCCUUGACCAAGAACCCCAAGAAGAGGCCAACAGCAGAGAAGCUUCUGCAGCACCCAUUCACAACCCAGCAGCUCCCUCGGGCUCUCCUCACACAGCUGCUGGACAAAGCCAAUGACCCCCACCUGAGCACCCCUUCCCCAGAGGACUGUGAACUAGAGACUUACGACAUGUUUCCAGACACCAUUCACUCGCGGGGUCAGCACGGCCCGGCCGAGAGAACCCCCUCCGAGAUCCAGUUUCACCAGGUGAAAUUUGGCGCCCCACGCAGGAAGGAAACGGACCCACUGAACGAGCCGUGGGAAGAGGAGUGGACGCUGCUGGGAAAGGAGGAGCUGAGUGGGAGCCUGCUACAGUCGGUAGAGGAGGCCCUGGAGGAAAGGAGCCUGACCAUCCGGCCAGCCUCAGAACUCCAGGAGCUGGACUCCCCAGACGAUGCUAUGGGGACCAUCAAGCGGGCCCCAUUCUUGGGGCCAUCUGCCACCGAGCCUCCAGCCGAGGACCUUCUGUCCAGCCCCCUGGGAGCCCCACCCCCUCCUGUCCCAGGCCCUAACAGCCCCCCACUGCUCCCCACUGCCUGGGCCACCAUGAAGCACAGGGAGGAUCCUGAGAGAUCAUCCUGCCACGGGCUCCCCCCCACUCCCAAGGUGCAUAUGGGUGCCUGCUUCUCCAAAGUCUUCAAUGGCUGCCCCCUGAGGAUCCACGCUGCCGUCACCUGGAUUCACCCUGUCACCCGGGACCAGUUUCUGGUGGUGGGGGCGGAAGAAGGCGUCUACACCCUCAACCUGCAUGAACUGCAUGAGGACACGCUGGAGAAGCUCAUCUCUCACCGCUGCACCUGGCUCUACUGUGUGAACAACGUGCUGCUGUCACUCUCAGGGAAAUCCACGCACAUCUGGGCCCAUGACCUCCCAGGCCUGUUUGAGCAACGACGACUUCAGCAACAGGUUCCCCUCUCCAUCCCCACCAACCGCCUCACACAGCGCAUCAUCCCCAGGCGCUUUGCCCUGUCCACCAAGAUUCCAGACACCAAAGGCUGCCUGCAGUGCCGUGUGGUGCGGAACCCCUACACGGGCAGCACCUUCCUGCUGGCCGCCCUGCCCGCCAGCCUGCUCCUGCUGCAGUGGUACGAGCCGCUGCAGAAGUUCCUGCUGCUGAAGAACUUCUCCAGCCCCUUGCCCAGCCCGGCGGGGAUGCUGGAGCCGCUGGUGCUGGACGGGAAAGAGCUGCCACAGGUGUGCGUGGGGGCCGAGGGCCCCGAGGGGCCCGGAUGUCGGGUCCUGUUCCAUGUCCUGCCCCUGGAGGCUGGUCUGACGCCUGAUGUCCUCAUACCACCUGAGGGGCUCCCGGGCACAGCCCAGCAGGUGAUCCAAGUGGACAGGGACACAGUCCUAGUCUCCUUUGACCGCUGUGUGAGGAUUGUCAACCUGCUGGGUGAGCCCACGGCCACACUGGCGCCUGUGCUGACCUUCGACUUCCCCAUUGAGACUGUGGUGUGUCUGCAGGACAGCGUCCUGGCCUUCUGGAGCCACGGAAUGCAAGGCCGAAGCCUGGACACCAACGAGGUGACUCAGGAGAUCACAGACGAGACAAGGAUCUUCCGAGUGCUCGGGGCCCACAGAGAUAUCAUCCUUGAGAGCAUUCCCACCGACAACCCAGGGGCUCACAGCAACCUCUACAUCCUCACCGGCCAUCAGAGCAGUUACUGAGAGGGCGGGUCUGGCGGGUGGCACACCCCCACCCUGCCCCCUGGCACGCCCCCGCCCUGUCCCCAGGCCUUAGCUGCCUUCCCUCCCAGAUCAGAGGAGCCCAGGCCCUGCUGGUCUGAAGGGCAGAAAUACUUGCGAGAAGAGUUUUGGGUGGGGAGGGGAGCCCUGGACCAGAGGAAGCUGCUGUCCCCUCCCCCACCCCCAUGGGCAACCUGGGCCCUGUGGCAAGGACCCUGGGUGGGGUGGGGGCAGGCCUGGGUGAUCCAUUCCAUUUUGUUCCACAUUUCCUUUCCAUUCUUCUUGCCCAGAGCCUGCCCCUACACCCUGUCCCGGGGAACAAGGUAUUUAAAAGAGAGACUAUAUUGGUAUUAAAGCUGGUUUGAUUUUA